AUGUCCUGGAGUCAUAUCACCGAAGAUGAGCUGGUGUCGAACCUUGGCUCACGUGAACGCACGCGGCAAGGGGUACUGUUUGAGAUUAUCCAGAACAAGGACAGUGGGAGGGAACGGAUGAACCCUGAGUCACAGGGGAAUAUGGAGGAGGGGAGAAAAGGGGAGGAGACAUUGCCCCCGAUUGCAGCACGGUUCAUAUCUCCCACCGGUGGAGGGAAUGACUCAUCCUCAGACGAUGAAGACCAGGGAAUGGCUGACACUGCGUGGAGAAGUCAUCCUCGAUUGUCAUACCGCGGUGUCAUUUCACCAGGAUCGAGUGGAACGUCCUUUGCCAAUCUUUCAAGUAGACCCAAUUUUCCGCGGACUUUUCUGAAUUGCUUAAACAUGCGCUGUUUCUUUUUUGUGGAAGUUGCGUCCUCGUCCUUGUCUUCUUCGUCACGUCCUGCCACUCCCUCUGACAGACGCUCCUUGACGCACUUUCAACCCGCCUUGUUAGCUUUCCGAGGUGGCCUGCCCUUGUCCUCCUCACGUCCUGCCACUCCCUCUGACGGACGCUCCUUGACGCGCUAUCGACCCGCCUUGGUAGCAUUUUUCCUUGAAUUCGAAGAGAUCAACGAUUCAUUCAUUGUUGAAGCUUAA